AUGACCUCUAACAAAGAGGUGGUAGUUGAAGAAGUAAGCUUGGAGCCUGAGGGCAGGGAAGCCACUGACAUCUGUCUGGAUGGUCCAUGCUCACUUCAGGAUCUCAACCUGGCCCCUGACGUGGGAUCUCCACAGUGCAGCCUAAGUGAGGAUGAGGUUGAGACUGAGGUCAACUCUGAGUUUGAUUCAGGGUCUAAGCUACAGGUGCUAGAGUCGGGAGUGAUGGUUCUUCAGGAUCAUGGAGAGCAGUGUGUCUCCUCAGCCAGUGACAAAAAGGACUUUACGGACUGCUUACCUCUUGUUAAUGACAAGGUUGAGGAAAUGGUGCAAGAGCCAACCGAUCAGAUGAGCCAGGGUGCUAGAAGCCACGCAUCCUCCAAAAGCUGCGCCACCCAACAGUCUAUGCCUUGGGCAGAUGCAGAAGCAGACCACGGCAGAAAAGGCAGGCUGGGCAAGAGACUGGUGGAUGUAAAGCGGGCCUCUGGGGCCCCUCUCCACCACAGGGGGCCCAAAGGAGGCAGAGCAUGUAGGACCAAGAAGAAAAAGAAUAAGAAAACAGUCCCUGAGGAAAUCCCAGACCCAUUCCCUGAGCUCGACUCAGCAUCGGAUGAAGAUAAUAAAAUACAAGUAAUGAAGGUGACCAUCUGCUUCAAGAAUGGAGGGCGGAUCAUAUCCAGCAAUGCUAUGGACCCUGAAGACAGAAACAAAAAGAGGGAUGUCCAACCGAGGAGCAAUUUUCGCCAUAUGACUGGCUCUCUGCAGAUGUCUGCUCCCAGGGGCCAUAUGUUGGGCACAGGAAAGCUAGGAGCCUCUUGUUCUAACAGAAAAGUAACUGUGUUCAGAGGCAAGGAACAAAGAAGGCCUCGUUACCCAGCAGCUGAUGCAGGUGGGCUAUGGAAGGCCAGUUCUAAGAAGAAAUCAGCCCAGGAGACGAAAUCCCUACUGGACACCCCAAGAGUCACUGGGCGAAGACCUAUCCCAUUGUGGGGACAGAGACCAAAGGCAGCUCCUGUGGAAACAGCCACCUUUCCUCCAAUAAGCUGCGUCACCACACUUGAGAGUUCUAAGAAGCACUCCACAACACCCCUGGAAGCCAUUGAGCCUGCAAAUGGUACAUCCAGAAAGAGAGCCCUGGUAAGGAAUACAAAGGAGACCCUGCCAGCAGCCAGGGGAGAUAGAGGCCUUGUGUGUAAAGAUACCAUGAAGAAUUUGACAGCAAUGACCCCAACAUCAGAGCCCUACAAGACCAAGGAAAUCCCCCGUGCCCAAGUGAGUAGAGCACCCUCUGUCUCCUCUCACCCUGCCCUUUCCCUCCCCAGCACAUAA